AUGGCGAUUCCUUGGGACUCUCUCCGUUCCCUUGUCAUAUUCUUUGGUCCUAUGCUUAUACCAAAGGCUAUAUCAUACUAUCGCUCCGUUCGCGCUUCAACCCAUGCCCGACAUGCGCCUAUAAUUCCCGUUCCGCCUCGAGUCCGUGUUGCGCUCGCCCUUCUCGCAUUCUUAGUGAUCGGUUAUAUUGUCCAAACCCUGCCGCCCUUUUCACCAGAGAACCUAUUCCUUGGUACCCAGAGCCGUCUGCAGAUCCCCGUCGAUGUUCUGUUCAACCGAGUUGCGGUCGGAAGACCCGAUAAUGUCCUCACAAAGCAGGAUGAGGCGUUGAGGGGCAGGUUCGUCAACUUGGAGAGCCGACUGUUGUACCUACAGUAUGGUCCUGAAGUGCUGGCCAACUGUCCUUUCUGUACUUCAGAGGAGCCCAAGACAUUCUUCAACUAUGCCCUUCCGCAGCUUCUAUGGCCUCAUAUCGCCAACCUCUUUGCCAUCGCCUUCGUUACAAGCCCUACUUUCACAGGCCGAGCUGGCUCCCAAUGGCGACCAAAGGCUACCAUGGCCGCUGGUGUCAUUGCAGCCCUCGAUAUCUACUUUGUCAACUCCUACAACUAUCAGGCCAAUGCUCGCGCUCUGCGUCUUUCAGAGGUCGACUUCUUCUACUGGACUGCCCGAGUUGCGCGUCUCGUUACCCUUGCAGCUUUCGAUGCGGCCCUAGGCUGGCUUCUAUUCGUGUCUGCCACAAACCGUGCCUUCGUCGAGCCUCCUUCACCCGUGGAGCGCAUCGAGGCGACUUCCCGUGCCCUCCUUAUUGUCAAGAGUAAGCUCAGCGCGCUAGGCAUUGUGAAGAACACUGCCCUGCGUGACGAGGAUCUUCGAUCGCGCAGUCACGCCUACUGGAGUCACGAGGUACGCCUGAUGGGCGAGGUAAUGGAAGAGAGGGAUGUUGUGGAAGGAGUCAAUGAUGCGUUAAACAACCGUAUUGACGUCGGAAGCAUCACGAGAGACGCUGAGGGAUAUGCCAAGAAUGUAUUGCAGUCCUUGCAUGCAGAAACAGAGGACGAUGGCAGUAUCUAA